AUAGCUAGAGGCUGCGGGCGUACUGAUGACCCAUCUGAAUUCCUCCUGCAUCGUAGAAGACAAGAUGUGCGAGGGAAACAGGACGAGCAUGGCCGCCCCCCAGCUGACGCCCCUGGUGGUGGUGCUGAGCGCCAUCUCCCUAGUGACGGUGGUGCUCAACCUGCUGGUGCUGUAUGCCGUGCGGACCGAGCGGAAGCUGCACACCGUGGGGAACCUGUACAUCAUCAGCCUCUCCGUGGCAGACCUGAUCGUGGGUGCUGUGGUCAUGCCCAUGAACAUCCUCUACCUCUUCAUGUCCAGGUGGGCCCUGGGUCAGUCUCUCUGCCGCUUCUGGCUUUCCAUGGACUACGUGGCCAGCACCGCGUCCAUCUUCAGCGUCUUCAUCUUGUGCAUUGAUCGCUACCGCUCUGUCCAGCAGCCCCUCAGAUACCUGAGGUAUCGCACCAAGACCCGAGCGCUGGUCACCAUCUUGGGGGCCUGGUUUCUUUCCUUUCUGUGGGUUAUCCCCAUUCUCAGCUGGCAUCGCUUCAGGCCGGAGACCGUGGAGUCCCAGAAGGACAAGUGCGAGACAGACUUCUAUGAUGUCACCUGGUUCAAGGUCAUGACCGCCAUCAUCAACUUCUACUUGCCCACCUUGCUCAUGCUCUGGUUCUAUGCCAAGAUCUACAAGGCUGUUCGGCAACACUGUCAGCACCGGGAGCUCAUCAAUGGGUCCCUCCCUUCCUUCUCGGAAAUCAGGCCGAGGCCGGAGAAUGUCAAGGCAAGUGCCAAGAAANNNGGGAAAGAGCCUCUCUGGGCGAUUCUGAAAAGGAAGGCGAAGGAUGAUGGUGGUGGACCUGUCUUGGAGCCACCAUCCCAAGACCCUGAGGAGAUGGAAUCCCCGGUCAUCUGCCAUGAGGAGGAUGAAGAAAUGGCCAAACGCCACAGCCUCCCACUUAACGUUCUGCAGACUCCGACUGUGGAAGAGGGGACGAGUGGGGAUCUUGAUGCCACCAACGAGAGCCAGUGCCAGCUCAAGCGAGACGGGCAGAGCCUGAACAUGUGUAAGGUCAACGAGAUGUCAGAGGAGCAGACAUUGGGUGACAGCCAGUCCUUCUCCCAGACAGACUCGGACACCUCCACAAAGCCAGCACCGGGCAAGGACAAAUCAAGAAGUGGGUCUGCCAUAGGCCUGGAUUACAUCAAGUUCACGUGGAAAAGGAUCCGCUCACACUCGAGACAGUACGUGUCCGGGUUGCACAUGAACCGUGAACGGAAGGCCGCCAAACAAUUGGGUUUUAUCAUGGCAGCCUUCAUCCUCUGCUGGAUCCCUUACUUCAUCUUCUUCAUGGUCAUCGCCUUCUGCAAGAACUGUUGCAAUGAGUCUGUGCACAUGUUCACCAUGUGGCUGGGCUACAUCAACUCCACCCUGAACCCCCUUAUCUACCCACUGUGCAAUGAGAACUUCAAGAAGACGUUCAAGAAGAUUCUGCACAUCCGCUCCUAAGGGAGGCGCUGAAGAAAUGCAACCAAGCGAUGCUUACAAUGUCUAAGAGGGAAAAGGAAGGAUCGAGGCCUGUGUUGUUGCCAGGCACUUGGGCUUCGUGCGGUCAAAACGACAGUCUUCCGGGCUGGGUAGUUUGGGAAGUUCGUAGGCACCUUUGGAAGUACAGCGGAUGGCGUGGUCAGCAGAGGGUCGGAACUUGGAGGAGAAAGCAGCAUUCUUGCAAGAGAAGGAAACCUGGGUAGAGCUCACCUGCCCCCUCAGGCACUGUGGGAGCCUCAGGCUCCAGUGAAUCAGGAACAGAAGUGACUUAUGGAGUCAGUCUCGCUGGAGAAUUAAACAGAACUCUUGAGCCUUCCUGAAACAGAGCAAUCUAACUGUGCAGAGACUUCAGACAUUCAGUCACUGUCCCCUUCCUAGGCUCACCUGGAGAGGCAGCUAUUCCACGGUGGCCGCCGCUUCUCAGAACACCUCUCUCCCGAGCCUCUUUUGUAGCUUUCUCCAGAACCAGUGUCGGAACCGUCUGGAAAUUCUGCCUUAUCGUUUCCUGCUCACACAUGUCUUAGAGUUGAUAGGAAAUUAACGCGGCUUGCAUGUCCAUUGUUUUCAACUCUGAAUUUCUUUUGGCUGUUAAAAAGAAAAGUGACAAAAAUUGCCUUCAGAGAGAGAGAGAGAGAGAGAGAGAGAGAGAGAAAUAUUUAUGAAUGCUUCCAUGUAACAAACAAACAAACAGCGAAACGAAUGGGGGAACAAAUCCAUAUCGCAUGAGGGCUAUCCAGCUUUAUCGCAUUUAAGCCCAAGGACACUUAUAACAGGAGGGUGGUGUCAGAAGGCUGGUGUUACUAGAUCCAGUUCACAGAGGAGCACCCUGAAGGAUGGCCAGGUGACAUGAGGUGUCCAAGGUCACAUGACUAGUUAUGCGAGAAAGCUAGAAUGAAAACCCUGUGGGUUCCAUUUUCUCCAAAAGGCAAAAAUGUGUCCUGUUAAGAACACACACACACACACACACACACACACACACACACACACACUCUGUUCCUGAGAGUGAUGGCAGUUCUGAACAUAUUAUGGAACAGCUGACAUGGCCACAGAAGGGACAUGACCCUUUGAAGGGACAGCGUGCAGUUUCCAGAGUUCUGCUGUGUGUGUCAAAAAAUCACUUUGUCCUUCUAUAGUCACACCUCUUAGGUAAAAGCUAGCAACGACAUGGGAACAUACAGGUGUGGUUGGU